AUGUUGAUUGUGGCUCAAAUACCGAUAGCUCUGGCCACCAACAUCGGCAUGCUGCUGUCCUUCCGGUUCAUUGCCGGUUUCUUCGGUUCUCCAGUUCUGGGUUCGGGGGGCGGAAUCCUGAUGGAUUUGUACGCAGCGCGAAAGCAGACCUAUGCCAUGGCAAUGUGGGCUCUCAUUGGCAUUGGGGGCCCGACAAUUGGCCCGAUCAUCGGUGGGUUUGCUGUCGAAGCCAUGGGCUGGAAGUGGACGGCUUGGAUUACCGCCUGGAUGGGGACGACAACACUCGUCGUGAUGCUCUUCUUCCUCCCGGAAACCAGCGCCGACAACAUCCUGUACCGACGUACUCUUCGACUACGCAGGGCAACAGGCGAUCGACGAUACAUCUGCGACGCUCAAAUCAAGUGGGAAGACACGACGGGGAGAGAGGUGUUUUUGACUCAUCUAAUCAGGCCGUUCACGAUGGCCAUGACCGAGCCGGUUGUCUUCCUCCUCACGCUAUACAGUUCCUUCAUCUACGGCCUGAUGUACAUCUGGUUCGAGGCACUUCCCAUGGCCUACGAAGAGGUCUACCACUUCGACCUGGGAACUCGCAGCAUCACUCUUCUGGGCCUGAUCGUCGGUGUCCUUUUGAUAAUUCCUCCGUUCUUCCUCUACUAUAGGAAGCGCAUCGAGCCUCACUUCGACCACCUGGGCAACAUUGAGCCUGAGAAGCUCCUAUUGCCAGCCAUGCUUGGGUGUCUUUUCCCGCCGGCUAGUCUGCUGUGGUUCGGGUUUACAGCGAAACCCACUACCCACUGGAGUGUUCCCAUUGUCGGGUCAUCUUUGUUCACAUCAGGCGCCUUGCUGCUGUUCAUUUCAUUCAUGAACUAUCUCGGAGAGUCGUUCCCGGAUCAUAUCAAUUCAAUCUUCGCAGGGCAUGAGAUAUUCACUAGUCUAUGCGGCGGCACAUUCCCUUUGUUUGUGCCGCUGUUGUAUUUCAAGUUGGGCAUACUCGGAUCGAGCAUCUUGCUGGCCAUUUUUGCUGUGUCGUUUGUUCCUGUACCUUUCGUUCUCUUUUUGAAGGGUGCAAAGCUGAGAAAGCGUAGCCGUCACACUAGAAAGGAUAGUUUCCACGCCUAG